ACUGAAUGAGCUCCAGUGUUUGGCUUUGGUUUGACAAGUUUCCCUGCAUGAUCAUGGGGGUAGGAGUAAGCAGUUAGUUGACACACAAUAAAAAAGUUGCAGCUCACGUUGUUUCAGGUAGACUCUGGAUCAGACGUUUUGGCAAAUGUAGGGACGUGACAAGUGUUUCUCCUCUGAGCGAUUCUACAGCCAGUCAAGUCUACAUUGGAGCCACACACAAGAGUAAAGAUGAACAGCAUGUCUUUUGACGAUCCUUCGUUGGAUAACUUGGAUCCAACUCUAUCGCUUCAUGACCCGAAUGAUAUUGACACGGCUCUCCUAAGCGACAUUGAUGACAUGCUACAGCUCAUCAACAACCAGGACAUGGAGUUUGGAGGACUGUUUGAUAACCCCCCAUACACAGUGCCCCCUCCCGCCCAAGAGCUUCCUGGAUUGACCCAGUCUAUCAUCUUACCUUCCCCUCCAACCACCACCACCACUUCUGUACCUCCACCUCCCUCCUCCAUCCUAAGCAGUAGCCCCCACCUGGAUGCACUCCUGGGCCCUCCCAUCACCCGCAGCUCCUCCACUCCAGACAAGGCCUUCCAGCCUCCCACCUUUCAGCUGUCCCCCCUGGCCAAGGUACCCAACUCCACACUAAGGCUUCAGCCGGCCUCCCCCCCACAGGCCCAGGCCCUCAGACAGCCCCAGGUGGAGCAGCCACAACCCAUUCUCAGCCCUUCGGCCCCGGCAAAGGCAGCUUCACCUCAUGGAUCACCAACACCAAACCCAGCUUUCACCUCCACGCCCCAGGCCAUCUUCACUGCGCCAGCCCCCACAUCUCCACCUCCACCCCAGCCCCUGCCUCAGCUUCAGCCUCAGCCCCAGCAGCAGGCACUUCAUAACCAGCCUCAGUCCCAACAGAUCCUGAUCAACUACAGCACCGUGAACAGCUACACAACUGCCAGUCCCAGCAGUGUGAGCCAACCCACCGCAAUCCUGUCAUCCUCGCCUCCAAGUGUUCAGCCAAUGACCAUCCAGGCUCAGCUCCAAGGGCUGACCACCACGUCUCCCCUCGUGGCCACGUCAGUGAGCCCGCCGCUGCAAACCAUCGCACCCAACGUACAGCAAGUACAGCAAGUACAGCAAGUGCAGCAAGUGCAGCAAGUGCAGCAAGUGCAGCAAAUGCAGCAAAUGCAGCAAGUACCUGUGUUGCUGCAGCCGCAGUUCAUCAAGGCGGAGUCUCUGCUGCUGACCACUAUGGCUUCGUCCACCUCCCUGUCCAGUACCACCCCAGUACAGAGCACUUCACUGCAGGCCUUUAUGGGCGGAGGCACCAUCCUGACCACGCUGCCAGUCAUGAUGGACACUGAUAAGAUGCCCAUUAACCGCAUCGCCAUCAGCGGCAAGCCGUUUGGCGUGCCACACAAGGGAGAGAAGCGCACAGCCCACAAUGCAAUUGAGAAGCGUUACCGCUCCUCUAUUAAUGACAAAAUUCUCGAGCUCAAAGAUCUGGUGGCUGGUUCCGAGGCCAAGCUCAAUAAGUCUGCAGUGCUGAGGAAAACCCUCGACUACAUCCGUUUCCUGCAGUCGACCAACCAGAAGCUCAAACAGGAGAACAUGGCGUUUAAAAUGGCAGCCCAGAAAAACAAGUCUCUCAAGGACCUGGUUGCCAUGGAGGUCGAUACACCGGCUGAUGUGAAGAAUGAGCUGCCCACCCCACCUGCUUCCGACGUGGGCUCCCCCACCUCUUUCUCUCACUGUAGCAGUGACUCAGAGCCCGACAGUCCGAUGGUGGAGGACACUAAGCCUACUGUGGGCAUCGUGGACAAAUCCGCAGCAGGAGGCAGCGCUGGUGGCAUGUUGGACCGUUCCCGCAUGGCGUUGUGCGCCUUCACCUUCCUCUUCCUCUCUCUCAACCCUCUGGCUGCCCUGCUCUGCGCAUCCGGCAGCAGCUCAGCUGGAAGCUCAGCAGCCACACCUCACACAGGAAGGAGCGUCCUGGGUGUGGAUAUCGCAGUGGAGUCGUGGGGCUGGAUGGACUGGAUGCUGCCAACCUUACUGGUGUGGCUGGUGAACGGUGUUCUGGUGUCGGGGGUUCUGGUCCGACUGCUGGUGUAUGGAGAGCCUGUCACCAGACCACACUCUGGAUCCUCUGUGUUGUUCUGGAGGCACCGCAAGCAGGCUGACCUGGACCUGGCUAGAGGAGAUUUCGCCCAGGCCAGUCAGAACCUGUGGACGUGUCUAAAAGCUCUUGGUCGUCCCUUACCCAUCUCCCAGUUGGACCUAGCCUGUUCUGCGCUCUGGUCCCUGCUAAGGUUCUGCCUCCAGCGCCUCUGGGUGGGCCGCUGGUUGGCUGCCAGGGCAGGAGGGCUGCGGUCUGACCGCCCCCUGAAGGAGGACGCCUGCAAAAGCAGCCGGGACGCCGCCCUGGUUUACCAUCGCCUGCACCAGCUUCACAUGACAGGCAAGCUGAAUGGCAGCCACCUGUCAGCAGUGCACAUGGCUCUGAGUGCAGUGAACCUGGCAGAGUGUGCUGGCUCCUGUCUGCCUGUAGCCAGUCUGGCUGAGGUCUACGUGUCCGCAGCUCUACGGGUCAAAGCCAGCAUGCCAAGGAUCCUGCAUUUUACUUCUCGUGUUUUCCUGAGCAGCGCCCGCCAGGCGUGCCUGUCGUCCAGUGGCAGCGUUCCUCCAGCUAUGCAGUGGCUGUGUCACCCUCUAGGUCAUCGCUUCUUUGUGGAUGGGGAUUGGGCUAUUCGCAGCACUCCUAAAGAAAGCAUCUACAGCCAGGCGGGCAAUACUGUGGAUCCUCUGGCCCAGGUGACUCAGGCUUUCAGGGAACACCUCCUGGAGAAAGCUCUGUACUGUGUGGCUCAGCCUCACGGAGAGAAGAGCCCCAACCAGGGAGAAGGGGAGUAUGCUGAUGCCCUGGAGUAUCUCCAGCUGUUGAUAAGUGCAUCAGAUGCUGCUGGAGCCACCUCCCAGUCCUUUGCCAUCGGCUCCAACAUGGCCACUGUGACCGGCUGCGACCCCCACUCCAAGUGGUGGUCCUCGGUUACCGUGGUGAUUAUCAAUUGGCUCCAAGGAGAUGACGCCGCAGCAGAGAGACUGUACCCAACUGUUGAGCACCUGCCGCGCAGCCUGCAGAACGCAGAGAGUCUUCUGCCCAAGGCGUGUCUGAACACAUUCAGGGCGGUGCGGGCUCUGCUGUCCAAACCUGAAAACUGCCAGCUGAGUCUAAGCUACAGCGACAAGGCCAGCGCUCUGCUUCGAGACAGCCUCAACCUCGGACCCCACUGCCACAGCUCCAGUUUAGACAAGGUCCUGCAGCAGCUCCUCUGUGAUAGGGUGGUGGUCUCCCCUCUGGCGCUCAGCAGAUGGUGAUGCCGACAGACAGACAGACAGACAUUUGUAUGAGUCACCAUCCCUCCUCCUCAUUUAUCUCCCUUCAUCUCUUUCCAGUUGUUCCUUCAUGAAGCUACAGCCAGGCUGAUGGCGGGGGCCAGUCCCACCCGCACACAUCAGCUCCUGGAUCGCUCGCUGCGACGCAGGGCAACACCCGGAGCCAAAACAGAGGAGUGCGAGACGCGGCCGGGCCAGCGGGAGCAGGCGGAGGCUGUGAUGCUGGCGUGCCGCUACCUUCCCCCCUCCUUCCUGUCGGCCCCCGGCCAACGGGUGGGCAUGCUGGCAGACGCUGCCCGCACCCUGGAGAAGCUGGGAGACAAGAGGACCCUCCACGACUGCCAGCAAAUGAUCAUCAAGCUGGGCAGCGGCACUACUGUCACCAACAGCUAGAGAGCAGAAAGGUUGGGGAGGGGCUGAGAGACAUGUAUGGACACUGUAUAUAGAAACAUCAGAUACAAAAACACACAGACAAAAAAGAAAAUAUCAGCAGAGACACAGCCACACAUUCUCUGGCAUUUCUGGCGUGCAGCUAUUGAACAGAUUGACUACACUUUCCAGAUUCAUAUCAAACUUUCAGAUUUUUCUCAUGGACUGUCCCUGCCAACACCUAAUCCCCACAUCAGGACGCACUGUGUGUGUAGAGGUAACACUCUUGUUGCUAUGGAUUAUUACCAGAAUAAGAACAUUUUCGGUUGCAGUGCCACAGUUUGACCACAAUGAGGAGCCGUCACGUCCUCUAAGUAGACGGUUCAGUGUGAAUGAGUGAGUGUGUGAGUGUAUGUGUGUGAGUGAAGCAUGAAAGAGAUAUUUGCCCUGCACUUAUUCAGUCCCACCCCGAUCUUUUCGACAUAAAUGCACCUUAAGCAGGACUGCUCAGUGGGUUGGAGUGGCGGGCUGCUCUGAUUGGCCGCAGAGUGAGGCGUCGCUUGUUCGUUGAGGAAAAGGACUUGAUUGGUCCGCCCAUGUGUUCAGUGGGAAGCCACUCCGCCGGUUCACAAAGUAUUAAAGUUUAUUUGAAUGAAGUUUGACUUGAAGCCAGGAGAGGUGACCCACUGGACGCUCCAUGUGUCAAUCUGCACUAGCCCUGCAAGGCUGAUUUCAAUGAGAUAAAUAGAAAUGUGGCUUUAUGGAGUUAUUUUCAUAGAGAUCGUUAUUUGUUUUGCCGUGUACAUAUUUCAAAAUGUAUUUAUAAUCUGUAAGAAGUAUUUUGCAAGGCAGAUUGAUAAUGCUUAUUUUCUUCCCCUAAAAUGAGUUUAUUUGGUAGCUUUUCUCCAGGCCCAUAUAAUGGAGUUACUGUAAUGUGUUGCCAUGGCAAUGGGUGUCAAAAUCAAGUGCAAGUUAUUUGCGUCACAUCGUCUGACUCAAUUGACCUUUUGCACUGUUGCACACGUAUGCAGCUACGAUUAUUCUUCAUAUUGGCAGCGUCCAAUUCUGGCAUCACAAAGAUUAAACACUAUAAAGUGAACCUAUGGCACUUUUGCAACAAGUUACAUAAUGAAGAACAUUUCAAAUGAUUCGUUUUUUAUCCAAAGAGGGCCUGUAGUGAAACUGGUUUUCCUUUUUAGCUCCAACACGAAGAGCCACACUUGCUCUUUCAGUCAUUAUAGUUAAAUGUUCCUAGAGAACCACACAUUGUUGUUGAUUUUUAAAGGACUGUAAGAAAAAGAAAAAAAUCGUUGGCAUGUGUUCUUGUUUCAGAACGAGUAUGUUUUUUAAAGUGUCACUAAUGUGAAAGACUGAAAGAUGAUGGAUUGAGAUGAAUGAGACAUAGCAAUGUCUAAAGGUGUUAUUCAUGUGUUCUUUAACUUUGAUAUAUUUUCUUCUCUUCCUUGUUCUUCGGUUUCAUCUCUUUAUGAUGUAAAUAUUAAAGCAUUUUGUAAGGAAGGAU